AUGUCUUUUCCCCACCCACUUGAGCAGCUGGGGGCGACUGAGAUCCGCUCUGCUCGAGAUGUCAUUUCCCAGGCUCAUCCAGGUGUUCUGCUCCGGUUUCGUUCGAUAUUCCUGGAAGAGCCGGCCAAAGCUACUUUGACAAGCUUCCUGGCAGCAGAACAUGGAGGGGUUCUUUCGGCUUCCACGACUCGGCCACCACGAUUGGCCAGUGUGCAUUACGAUACCAUCCAGGCGGACAAGACGCAUGACUAUUUUGAAUCGGUUGUGGACUUGGGUCUAAGGAAAGAAAUCUCUCGUCGGACCUUUGAUUGUUCGAAGCAGCCUUCAAUUACAUUGGAUGAAUUCGGCUCGUUUAAUGAGGCAUGCAUGGAAUCUCCAUUGUUCCAGAAAGCGAUAUCUAAGUUUACCUUGCCAGAGGGAUUCGUCCUUGAAAUUGACCCGUGGCCAUAUGGCGGGCUCGACGAUGGCGAGCCUAACAUUCGUUACAUGCAAGGGCUUUGUUUCGCCAAGGACACGCGAAACGGAAAUCCAAACUCCAAUCACUACAGUUACCCAAUCCCCCUUAUUCCAGUAAUGGAUUUCCGCAAGCGAGAAAUCAUUAGAGUUGACAAGCUCGCGACUGGAGGAACGGAUGAUGGCCUUGCCUAUGAUAUUGCCUCCCAAAACAUAUUGGACCAUACGUGUCCCUCAGAAUAUGUUCCUGAACUUUUGGAUAUAAAACUGCGAACGGAUGUUAGACCACUUAAUGUGCUCCAGCCCGAAGGCCCGUCCUUCCAAGUGACCAACGAAAGUCUGGUCGAAUGGCAGAAAUGGAGAUUCCGUGUUGGGUUCAACCCCCGGGAAGGUGCAACCAUUCACGAUAUCCAUUAUGAUGGGCGUAGUAUUAUAUACCGCCUAAGCAUGUCUGAAAUGACGGUUCCAUAUGCGGAUCCUCGACCUCCCUUUCAUCGAAAGCAAGCUUUUGAUUUUGGUGAUGGUGGCGCUGGCCGAUCCGCCAACAAUCUGGCUUUGGGCUGCGACUGUCUAGGCGUUAUUAAGUACCUAGACAGUUUUAACAUCGACGCGUCAGGCCAGCCGUCCGUGGCUAAGAAUGUGGUCUGUGUCCAUGAGCAAGACAACGGCAUCGGAUGGAAGCACACAAAUUUCCACACAGGUCGAGCUAUUGUUACUCGAUAUCGUGAACUUGUGGUGCAGUUCGUCAUCACACUCGCCAACUACGAAUACGUUUUUGCGUACAAAUUUGACCAGGCCGGAGGAAUUACUUUCGAAACCCGGGCGACUGGCAUUGUCUCAGUGGUUAACAUCGAUCCAGGCAAGGAGUCUCCAUGGGGUAACGUAGUAUCUCCCGGCGUCCUCGCUCAGAACCAUCAACAUAUAUUCUGUCUUCGCAUUGACCCUGCCAUUAAUGGGUAUCGAAAUACUGUUUUCCGUGAGGAAACACUACGAAUGCCUAUGGAUAUCAAAACCAAUCCUUUCGGAAAUGGGUACCGGGUAAUUACCCAGCCGGUGGCGACUUCCGGUGGAUUCAACGCCUGUCCGAACACCAAUUUAGUAGUCAAAAUGUCUAAUACCAAUGUCCUGAACCCCAUUUCUGGACACCCGGUCUCCUAUAAAUUUACUCCCCCGGCUACGCAGCUUAUCCUCGCAGACCCGCGAUCCACCGUCGCACAACGUGCCCAAUUUGCGAAACACCAUGUCUGGGUGACGGCACACCGGGAUGGUGAAUUCUUCGCUGGAGGCAAAUUCACCAACCAGUCCCGGAGCGAGCAGGACGGUGUUUCGGACGCUGCUGCUCGGAAUGACAACAUCCUUGACUCCGAUGUGGUGGUCUGGUCGGUGUUCACGCUGACUCAUAAUCCUCGUGUUGAGGACUGGCCAGUGAUGCCAAUCGAGAAAAUGGAAGUCCACAUGCGGCCGUCAGAUUUCUUCGAUCGCAAUCCCGCUUUGGAUGUUCCUGGGACUAAAAACCCAACGAGUGUGCUCGUUGAUGAGAAGGAUGAUUGCUAUUGUGCGGGCGGGAAGGUUCAGCGGGCGCCCGAAUCACAUCGUCAAAGCUCGCAAGAUAUUCCUGUGAAAACCAGUAGUAAGCUGUAA